AUGAGCCUUUUCACUGUGGAACAGCUUGAAUUGAUUCGACGAUUGCGUAUGACUGGAAUAACGCCUGAUGCAGUACUUGAGGCAUUUCGAGCACUUGAACAAAUCGAAGCAGAUUUGGAUGCAGCGCGCUUGCAGACAGCCGCAAUUGCUGCACUUAUUGCACCUGCGGCAAAAAUGUUUCAUUUCGAUGAGGCAACAAAUUCAUUCGAAACCACUAGCCCUAUUCUACUUCAACAUCUUAGGAGUCAAGCUCCUAUAUCAGUAACAAUAAAUGCGUCAUCAUCAUCACCGUCACCAGAAAACUGCUCAAUGCAAAAUGUAUCAUUAGCAUCUACAGCCUCUACAACUACAACCACAAUGACAACCGCAACAGCAACAACAACGAUAACUAAUGAAACGACAUCAUCGUCAGCGAUAUCAGUAGCACCAACAUGCCUAUUUGGUCAAUAUAAUUUCGAUAAUAAUAGUAAUGGUAAUAGUAAUUCAUCGCCAUCAAGCUGUCGACCGAUUCGUUCGCAACGUACACCAAUGCGCGAAAUAACGACAUUAGAUGAUCCAAGUGAAUUGGAUGACUUUAUGCAACAAGGUGAAGAAGCAUGUAUACAAGAUAUGAAACAAUUUAUCACACAAUUCUCAUUACGACAAACAACUGUCGCUAUGAUGACUGGUAGAAUAUUUAAUAAUAAUUUCUAUAUGAUUCAAAUUUUUGAGGAACCUGGAUGA